AUGCGGGGGAUCCACGCCCCGUCCCGGCUUCCCUUCAAAAACGUGGGUCCCUUCGAACUCGGAUCCCUUCGCAUGCGGUUCUCGUCGGACGCCGGGCCUCCUUCGAAGACGGGAUCCGUCGGACGCGGCUCCCUUCGAGCUCGGCUCCUUCCAGAUUCUUCUGCCGAAGACGUGCGGCCGGGAAGUUUCGUCUGCGGUGUUAUACGAACGUCACGAAAGACGUCCGGUUCGACAGACUCGGACGAACGCGAACGCGACCUCGAGGGACUCACCCGACGAGAGACGAAGCGAGACGACGAAGACGAAGAGUUGAGGGAGGGAAAACAGGCUAGGAAGGAGUUUGCGAACGGGAAGGAGAGCCAUGGCGAGGAUCGGGGCCUAAGGACGGGAAGAGCCUGGAGAGGAGAAAUCGGAUUGACGGAUACAUGA